AUGAGCGCUCCAACUCUCCUACAUGUCCAUAUAGGUGGCAUUAUACCAUUCAAGCAGGCACAAAUCCUGCAAUCGGCCCUAGUAAACCGGUAUCAAGCUUACAAGGCCGCAUCCUCCUCCGCAUCCCCAUCGUCAACUUCCUCUCGACGAGAGCCCUACCCCACCGUCUUAACAUUCACACCCAAACCCGUCUACACCUUCGGCCGACGCGAUCCAUACGAGUUAAUACCCCCGGACCUCAUAUCCUCCCUGCUAGAGGGCCGUCUUGUGCGCAAAGACCGAUAUCAAACAGCCUUUGAAAUACCAGAAAUCGCACCAACCCUCCGGGGCGGGCAGACGACAUUCCACGGCCCCGGAUCCCUGCUUAUAUACCCCAUCUUCGAUCUAAAAAGUCCCUACAUUCGGGAUCCUCAAUACCGACCUUCUAAAACCCGAUCUUUAAAACCGAAUGAGCGCGAUGUGGGCACAGCAAUCCAUCCCGACGGCCUCGACGUGCGGGCAUACGUCAAGAUACUGGAAUCAACCACGAUCGACCUUCUCAAGCCCUGGAGUAUUACUGGCUUCAGGACGAAGAAUCCGGGGGUUUGGGUAGGGCAUAAGGAUUUCAGCAAUGACACGGUUAUUGAUCCCGCAGAGCUUAGGAAAAUUGCUGCCGUAGGGCUGCAUCUUCGACGGAAUAUCACGAGCUUUGGCACGGCGCUGAAUGUGCAUACGGACCUGGGGUGGUUUGACAGGAUUACAGCGUGUGGACUGGAAGGGCUGGGGACGACGAGCAUGAGAAGUGUCCAUGCGAUAAAAGCACAGCGGCGUAUGGCCAUGUCGAGUAGACCCAAGCGCUCGAUGGACCACUGGACGCAUACUGAGGAUUGGCUAAAGUUACUGGGUGGUUCUUGGAUAAGAAUGUUGGCAAAUCACUGGGUUGAGAUUUUUGCUAGCCGCUUGUGGGGUGCGGCUCAUUCACCCCAGAUAUAUAAAAGUGUAAGAAUUCAAGAUUUGGAAUUGGAUUUGGAUAAUUUGAAGGAUGGAGGGUUUUGGAAAGCAUAUGCUAAGGGACAGGCCAGGAAGCCGGUGGAAAGAAUGGUGUGA